AAACCCCAACUUGCGAGAUACCCACCGCGCAAAAAACUCCGCCCCCUCCAGCCCUCCUACUCCCCAGGUCCUCUAGGCUCUUGAUCUCGCCCCAAUAAUGGCGGCGGCGAACACAAAUUCCAAGCAGCGCCCCGGCGACGGCGGACGUGCCAUGGACGACGACGACCUCACCUUCGAGACCUCGGCAGGCGUCGAGGCGAUCACCAGCUUCGACGUCAUGAAGAUCCGCGACGACCUCCUCCACGGCAUCUACUGCUACGGCUUCGACAAGCCCUCCGCCAUCCAGCAGCGCGCCGUGUUCCCAUCAUCACCGGCCGCGACGUCAUCUCCCAGGCCCAAUCCGGCACGGGGAACACCUCCACGAUCUCACUCUCCGUCUGCCAGAUCGUCGGCACCUGUCACAUCUCUGUCCACGAGGUGCAGGCAUUGAUACUGUGACCCACCUUUGCCACACAAACAGAGAGAGUGAUGCAAGCUGUUGGUAAUUUCAUGAAUGCAUUGUGUUAGUGGCAAAGUAUCGGUGAGGAUAUUAGGAAGCUCGAGCUUGAGUGUGUAUCGGGAACGCCCAGUAGAGUCUGUGAUAUGUUCUAAGAAAAGGACUUGUAUUGGUCUAGAUUUAAUGACUUGGUAUAUUUGAUGGGUUAUAAGUGAAACAUCAGAGUAGUUUAAGGUUCAUGUAUGCACAAUUCCUUAUAGUUAGUAGCAAGUCAAUAUUUAUUUUUAUGAUGCCAAGCACAAUAUAGUUAGUAGUAAGUCAAUAUUUAUUUU